AUGGCUGCUCUUCGAUUUUGUAUGGAGUGCAAGCGGAAUGAUAUCUUUGUACCCGUCGAUCUUGUUCUCUCGAGCGGCUCUGUUACGGAAUUGCUGCGGCAAUGCCAACCAAUAUCUGUCUACAGCAACGGCAAGCACCCACAAAUUCGAACCGGCCACGAUGCAAGUAUUCGCGACAACGAGCCCACGAGACCAAGAGAACACUUUCGGGAGGCCGGCAGCAGAAGUCGACUUGACGAAAAAGCUGCGCUAUGGCGCGAAAACAGAAACGAGUCCAGUUUACGCAACGCAAUCGACGAGUCCUUGGAAUCCAGCGCCAGGGGGUUACGCCCUAUCCUGACUUUCACAGACGAGUUCUGCACCGGCAACCAUACAGUAUGCGACAUGUCUGAUAUUCAAAUAUCUCUUGUUCAUGGGAGUCUGGAAUCACCCGGAGCGAACAUAAUCUACUACAGCGAGAUCCACAAUCCGAGCCAUAUUUUCCGUCUCAGAGACGCCUGGAUGAAAGUUUGCAGAGCAGAACCUAUUUUCCAAACAGCGUACCGUAUUCCCGACGAUGGACAGGAGAUUCGUCCUCGACUUUGCUGGCGAGAGUUCAAAACAAAGAGCCGAACAGUCUACAGGAACGCGUUGCUUCAAGCAACUGGGCCAGGAAUGCCUUGGCCCGACAACAAUGGAGUCGAUUUCGGCCUGCGAUUUACCGUUCUACACUACCGUACGAGACGACCGGCUGAUAGUAAAGCCGCUGUGAUCUGGGCAAUUCAUCACGCUUUGAUUGAUGGCUGGUCUGCCGGCCUCUUGGUCCAGAAAGUGCACCGAAUGGCGUCCGGGAAACCUGUACCCGCGCACCCUGGGCCGGCCUAUGUAGAUCUCUGCCGCUUUCAACAAGAAUUGAGAUUGAGUCGAAAGGCCGAGGGAGAUCUAUUUUGGGCGGAGCAAAGUAUCAAGUUAGCAACAGCUUGCGAUGAGCUCCUCAUUGCAAAGGCACCAAACGCUUCUGCAUUCACCAACAAUUUAUGGGGCAAGAGGGACGAGAUGCAGGUUCCUGUCGAACUUGCCCCCACCGAUCAUGCUGCUGUCAAAGUUGCAGCACAGUCCUGCAGUGUCACUCCGGCCGCCUUCUUCUAUGCUGCCUGGGCAGUUUGCCUCGGGCUUUACGCAAGUUCGGACAGUGUUGUCAUCGGCGCAGUUGUGUCGGGCCGCAACAUUGGGCUUGCCGGUAUCUUCGACACAAUAGGCCCCAUGGUGAACACAUUGCCACUCCAGGUCGAUCUUGACUGGCAAUCUUCAUCUCGAAAACUGGUGGAGGAUGUUUUUGCUCGAAUCCAGCGGUUAUCUUAUUUUUCAUGGACCACGCCGAGUAACGGAUUCUCUAGAGUAAGGGGAAAUUUGAUGGCUUUCACACCCAAUCCCGAAUGCUGGGUCAAGGGUGCUGGGGUUGAACAGUCCUUUUACCAACACACAACGAACUUGCCUCUCAACGCCAUCGUCAAAGAAGAUGGAAGUGGCAUGGUCAUCCAAUACUCUGCUGAGCGCUAUAACGCGAAGGCGAUGGAAACACUUGCAAGCAUUUUCAGGGCAUCGCUCUUGUCACUUUCCCGCACCGAGGCAAGUCUGGAGUCAUUACAACCUGUGCUGCAGACGUGUGGACGGAGUUUGGGCUUGAUGGGCAACUGGAAGUCAUUCGAAACGACAAUUCCAUCCGUUAGAGACGAUCUCGUGACGUUAUUUGAGGACAUUUCAACACACUACCCUGGCGCGAUCGCCGUCGAGUGCGGAGAUCAAACGAUCACCUAUUUGAUACAACCGCAAGAGGUCGUUGCCGUGCACGCAGAUGGUUCCGUCAACUGGGUUGUGUCCAUUUAUGGUAUACUACGAGCUGGAGGCAUUUAUUGCCCCUUGGACAGAUCGCAUCCUCAAAGAUACCGCGAAUCCCUUUUUGAGGCAUCAACUGCACGGGUUUUCCUAUCUACAGAUGAGCGCUCAAUGGCCAGUAUACCGGCUGCAGCUGAAAUUGUAAUAAACGUUGCCGCCGCCAUGGAAGAUGUGGAGGCGACGUUGUGCUAUGAUUUUCAUUAUUCAAUGAGAACGGCACCUCGACCAGCAGACAAGGCGUACCUCUGCUUCACGUCCGGCUCAACCGGCAAGCCUAAAGGCGUCAUAUGCACACAUCGAGGUCUUGUCGCUUUCCAGAGAAACCUGGAAGUCCGCUUGGGUGCAUCCGUUGGCGUCAGGAUUGCACAAGUCAUGUCCUUGGCUUUUGACGGUGCCAUACAUGAACUGUUUUCAGCCCUUUCAUACGGAGCUACACUCGUUCUGCGGGAGACGGACAGUCCAGCAAGUGUACAUCAUCUUUAUGCUGUUGAUUGUGCCAUUCUUACCCCAUCUUUGGCAUCUGUGCUGGACCCGGACGAUUUCCCACAGCUAAGGACUGUGUAUCUGGUCGGCGAAAUAGUACCGCAGACGGUGUGCGACACAUGGGCUUCCAGUAAGACCGUGUACAACAUGUAUGGGCCAACAGAGGCAACUUGUGGCGCCACGAUCAAGCAACUACGACCGGGCCAGACAGUCACGAUUGGGAAGCCAAAUCCAACCACCAGGAUAUAUAUAUUAGACAAAUGCAAGCGACUGGCUCCUCCAGGUGCGGUCGGCGACAUUUACCUCGCGGGCGUCCAGGUUGCCAUCGGAUACAUCGGGCAACCAGAAAUCACUGCCGAGCGCUUCCUUUCUGAUCCAUUCAUGAAGUCGGGAGAGUCCAUGUACCACACUGGAGAUCGGGGCUAUUGGGACGAUUCCGGCGAUAUCGUCUUCCUGGGUCGCGCGGACCGUCAGACCAAGCUUCAGGGAUUCAGACUGGAUCUUGAAGACCUGGAAGCCCGUAUUCUACGUGCUUGUGGUCAGCAGCAUGGAGCCAGCGCCGUGGCUGUGACAACUCAAGGCGAUCAACUGAUUUGCAUGAUCCAAACAAAUUCUGGAGAUCUCGCAGGAAUGCGAAUGGCUAUUCGUGACGCUCUCCCCCCAUUUGCGAUACCCAAGCACACCUUAGUUACCCGUCAGCUUCCGAUGACCUCAAACAUGAAAGUGGACUAUCGUACAAUUGUGCAACUGGUCAACGACUCAAGCAUCUGUCAUCAAAAUCGGACGGAAACAAACGGAAUUUCUUCAUCCACUCGAACAGAGGCUGUUGUCGCUGCCAUCUGGGCUCAAAUUCUGGAGAACGAGGCUCUGUCCCCUCGAAUCGGCCCCGACUCGAAUUUCAUACAGCUAGGCGGGCACUCCCUACAGCAGUUGCGACUAGCAGCCAAGUUGAAAUCCGUCUUCGGAGUUCUCAUCACGCUUCGAAUGAUAAUGAAUAUCCCAACUCUGCGGGAGUUCGCAGCCGCAAUUGACAAGAUGGACAAGAUGUCUCUGCCCCCUACGGCGGUCGAGGGAAGAAAUGAUGCCUGGCUUGGAGCCUUUGACCCCCGCCCGAUCGAAAGAGAAUGGUGGAGAAAAUAUCAACUAAGAUCUGGCACUUCGGCUUUCAACGUAAGCUGGGUCGCUCAAUACUCCGCGAGUAUCGACGGCCCGAAAUUAGCUAAAGCAUGGAACGCUGUGCUGGCACGACAUCUCAUCUUCCGAUCUCGGUAUGUGCAACAUGACGGUUUCGGCUUGCAGCGAGUCUUGUCUUUGUCUCCCCCGCAUGUGAACAGACGGCGCCGUCUCAACAUCCGCAGAGAAUUGAAUCGGAAUUUCGACCUGAGCACGUCGCCCCCUGUCCGGGUCACAAUGACGCACAAUGCGAUAAUUGCUAUUUGGUCGCACAUUGUGUGUGAUUACACCACCCUGGGCAUCGUCCUCAAAGAGGUGGCCACCGAAUAUCAUCGUGGACCAUUGGUUCCUCCUUCCCCCCCAAAAUCGCCGCCAGAAGUGUGCGGCAGGCAGAUAUCGUCUGACGAAUCAUGUGCCGCGUUCUGGUCGGCUUACUUGGAUGGAGUGAAGAACAAGCGCCAUCCUUAUCUGGGAAAUGACAUUGAACGAGUUGAUUACCGGGGUAAAUCACUUGUGGGACGCGUGUCUGUCUCCCUAUGGCACCGUAUGCAAGCCUGCGUGCGAAAGUGCCGGGUGACCCUACAGCAGUUGCUGAUUGCUGCAGUCGCUGCGGCCGUCACAAUCGAGGACGAAAAGAUUGAUGUGACAUUGGGCGCACCUUUCCUCAAUCGGCAUUCCGAAGCGGAUAUGGAGGCUGUGGGGUUGUUCCUGGAGCCGCUGCCAGUUCGUGUACAUCAUGAUGAUACCACGUCGACUCUGAGGUCUUACCUUCAUACCGUUCAACACUCAUCUCAAGGUGCUUUGGCCCACGCAGUCCCGUGGGACCAGCUGCUGGAAUAUUUUGGCAUCGAUUCCGGAAGCCAAAUUCCCAAUCACCCAAUCUUCGACUGUGUCACUUCAUUCCACGAUGCUCGCUGUAAUGGAUCCAAUAACACGCAGCAGAGCAGAUGUGGUCCAUGGGAUAAUGCAAUUUGGGGUGAUGGUGUCGAACCACAGCUGGUAUGGAGUGACGGCGCAAAGUUCAAGUUGAUGGUGGAGUGCCUGGCAUAUGACGAUGAUACGCUCUUAAUCCGACUUGAGUACGACACGGCUUGCUUUGAAGGCAGUCAUCGUGUUUACGAUGCACGAAUCAAGGCUGUGAGAAGAAUGAUACUGACAGCCAUGAAGAUGAUCGUUUCGCCAGAAAAUGGCACCGUCGGUGGCUUGCGGCAAGGACUCCGACGGUUAUGGGAAAUAGAGAAGAGACCUGGGGUUAAGGGUGUUCCCAGCGUGGAUUUGCUACACCCUUCUGAAGGCCUGUUCAUGAGACGCUUUUCGGACUUGAACAGUCGCUGA